CCAUUUGUGUGAUAAUCCUUGUUCCACUACAUUCAUAUUAUUGUCUAUCAAAUUUCCUGCUUUGUUACCCUUUUUGGUUCCAAUUUUUGUGUCGAUUGCGAUAUCCGUGGUAAUGGGGUUUUGUUUCAGAAACAAAAUCCUUGAUUUCAUAGCCUUAGCAACAUAAAGCAAACACAAAAUGGUCCCAACGAGUGCUCAGCGUGUCAAGCGGAUGAGAUUAGAGAAACAGCCUCUCCAGCUAUCUAGAGCAGAGAAAACAGAUACAUGGAAGAUUGUAGAUGUAGAGGUUAUCUUUAUGGAAAUCCUAUCUCGUGUCUCUGCCAAAUCUCUCUCGUCUUUUAAGACACUUAGUAAGCAUUGGUAUGAAUCCAGUGGUACUAAAUACUUUUAUGAGCUGCAGUUAGAGAAAUCAAGGAAGAAUUCCUCAUUCAUUGUUUGUCCUAUUAUGGAGUCAGCAAUGAAGCUGUAUUUGAGGGAUGCAAAGAGUUUUAAACCUUCCCUCCUCAACACUAUUGAUCCAUCUCAAAGAAGCCAAGAGGACUUCAUGUACAUGAUCUCGUCUUUUAAUGGACUCAUCUGCUGCGUGAAUCUCUUUUGUGACGAAGACGUAGAAAGCAAGUUCUGUGAUCUGCAGAUAUGGAUAUGCAACCCUUGUACGAGGGAGACUCUCCUUCUUCCCCAAGGGACUCCAUCAUUUGACUUUGUGCCAAGUGUCGGAGUGGCCUAUGACUCCGACAUCUGUGAUUACAGAAUUUUCCGUGUAUUCUGCGCUAGAGUGGGAUAUUAUUUCUGUGAGGUGUAUUCUUCCAAGAAUGGUUCUUGGAAAAUCAUCGGCUCUGUGCCUCGUCUUCCCAUGCGUUCUGGUCUUAGGCCGUUCAGAACUGGGCAUAUUUUUGUUGGAGGUAAAAUAUAUUGGCUGGUAUCUUUAGAUGAGCCAGGUGAGAUCCUCUCAGUGGAUUUGGAAGGAAGAUUUGAUGUUAUGAACUUGCCUAAGUAUUCAGAUGAUCUAAACGAUGAAAACAAGAUCACAGAGGCGACCCAUUUGCUCAUUUUUCAAGGAUCUCUGGCAUUAUUUGUACUACAUCCAGGCCAGAUGGAUAUUUGGGUUUGGAAAGACAACGGUGAGAAAUAUAGUUGGGACCUUGUACUGGCGAUUGAUACUCCAAUCAGAGAUGAAGAACUGGUUUUAUCUGUAACUUCAUUAAAGAACAAGCUCGUAUGUGUGAAUGAGACACACUGGCGUAUAUAUGAUGUGGAGACUAAAAUCUGGAGGAAGAUAAGGGGCCCUCGUACUGGAUUUUGCAAUCCUGCUAUUUUCCCAUUCACCGAAAGCAUUCUUCCAUGUAAUGGUGGUGUAGGACUGUAGAAGGAACAUGAAGAGUAUUGGUGUAAAAUGAUGCAGAGAUUGUUGAAUUGGAAGGCAAUGUGUUUCUCUCAGGAGCUGUCAUAUUGGUUUGCGGUUAAAAACUUUUUGGUUUGUGUCAGUUUGUCUCUCUCUUCUCAUUUUCUUUAAACUUGGUUUUGUACAGUUUCUUAAAUUAAGCUUCAGUGAUACCAAUUAGCCGUGGGUGCUUUGUCUCUGAACAAAGUUUUAAUGUUAUAAAGUCUUUUCAUGUUUCCGCUA